AUGUCGGACGAAAAGCGAAGUAACUUAAUAUUCUCUAGGAAUCUACUAAAACAAUUUCUGCGUAUGUAUAAAGAAUCGCCGUGUCUAUGGGAUCGUCGCAGUCCCGAGUACAAACAGAAGAAGAAAAGAGACGAAGCUAUUUCUCGCUUGACGAAGUUAGUCAACGAAUACGACGCAAAAGCAACAAGAGUGCAUGUUUGUAGGAAAAUUGAGAGUUUGCGAUCGUGCGUACGACGGGAAUAUCUUAAGGUGCAGUAUAGCUUACGUCACGCACAGAAACCGAAUGAAGUGUACGAGCCAUGUCUUUGGUACUAUAACCUGUUAUCUUUCGUAUUCGAAGAUACAGAGAACAAAAAGGUGCAAUGGCAAUCGGAAAGUGAAGUGAUAAAAGAAAGUCCGGAAGUCAUAACAUCUGAUAAUUAUGAAGAAUCACCAAUUGUAUAUCCGAACUAUACAUCGGAUUCCAUUAUCGAAGAACAGGCCCCACAGAAUUAUUACCAGGAUAUGUACGAUAAGAAAAUACGUGGGGGAGAACUAAAGGAUGAAUAUGACGCAAUAGGAAUCAACGUCGCAGCAAAGCUUCGCGCUCUUCCCGCUAACACAAGAAUUUUGGCUGAGAAACUUAUAAAUGACGUCCUGUACCAGGCACAAACUGACUCCCUAAGUGCCUUUACAGUUUUGACAUCCCCGGAUCCAAUUAAAUCGGAAACUGUGAUUUAA